AUGAUUGGAAACAAAGUAGCCAUAGAUAUUCGAAAAGCGGACGCCAACCGAAUCGAGGACUUGGAAACCCACCACGAUGUCAUAGUCAUUUGGGAAUGUGAGGUGGAGAAAGAACGCCGUCUGAACUCCGACGAACUUCUUCAACGACUUCGAGCCUCUCGUAAGCCUUCUGAUGGUCUAUCCACAGAGUUCCCAUUCCUCUUCAUCAAGCCGGAGAAUUUCGACUAUGAUGGGGUGAUGCCAGGAAACGAGUUCUACAACUUGGAGAACAAGACGCCAGCUGCCCGAGAGAAACUCAUCAAAUUUCUUGAUGAGGCACGCGUUCAGAACCGCCGAUUCAAUUUCGAGACCGAAAUCAAGAAGAACUGCUUCGAGGACGUCUUCAUCAUGGCGAGUGCACUGAUCCCAUUCGAAAAGGACUUCGAGGAGCUCACAAAUGUCUGUCUUUUUGAGGAAUCAAUCACAGCAGCCUCGGCCGCCAUGAAGACGUUCCAAAGAAAGCACCUGACCCAUGAGAAACCCAUUGUGCUUGACGCUCGCCCAUCCGUCUCAAUCAAGUGCUCGGUGAUCUCUCAAAAGUACUUGGCUUGGUUCGGGAAGGAAGUAGACGUCGAAGUGGAGAUGUCAACCACUUUUGGCAAGCGGAAGGUAGAAAAGUACCGCGUCGAUGGUUUUGUGAGUCCAUGUACCAAAUUCCCCAGAGGACUAGUCAUCGAGUUCUUUGGCUGCUACUUCCAUGCACACAAGUGCAAAUAUGCUGAACAAUCAAUGAUUGGAAACAAAGUGGCCAUAGAUAUUCGAAAAGCGGACGCCAACCGAAUCGAGGAGUUGGAAACACACCACGAUGUCAAAGUCGUUUGGGAAUGUGAGGUGGAGAAAGAACGCCGACUGAACACAGAAAUGGCAAACUUCUUCAAUGACUUUGAGCCACUCGGCAUGCUCGAUUGCGAAAGAGCACUCACUGGUGGUAGAACAGAAGUCUUCAAACUCACCAUCACGAACAAUCGGGUCAGAACUCACUUUGGGGACGUUAUGAGCCACUAUCCAACAGUGAUGAAAUUUGAGGAAUUCCCGAUCGGAAUACACCGUACCACUGACGGAUCCCAGCGAAAUUCACUUCAAAGGAUUCAUUGCAUGUAG